GGCGGGAUAUUCAAACCAAGGAAAGUAAACAGAAGUGUGGGUGCACUUAGAAGAUUUGCGGUUGCUUUUAUUUUGAAUAGCUUUUUGGUGUUUGACAUGCGAGCCGUAAAUUGUAGUCGAAAGUAUAUCUGACGGGAUUAUUUCAUUUUGUUAAGCGUGUUUGUACAAUUUUUGUUCGUUAUCAAGUACGAGAGCAAUGGAAGGUGACGUGGGAGUACAGACACGUACCGGCUAUGAACGGUUGACUGCAGAGGAGAUGGAUGAACAAAGAGCACAAAGCAUUGCCUAUCAGUACCUCUGUCGUUUAGAAGAAGCCAAAAGGUGGAUGGAAGCAUGUUUAAAUGAAGAACUUCCAGCCCCAACAGAGCUAGAGGAAGGUCUUAGGAACGGAGUUUUACUGGCAAAACUGGGGAAUUACUUUGCUCCAGAUGUUGUUCCAGUCAAGAAAAUCUAUGACUAUGAGCAAGCACGCUUUAAGGUAUCUGGUCUACAUUUUCGGCAUACUGAUAACAUUAACUACUGGCGCAAGGCAAUGGCUGAGAUUGGAUUACCUACGAUAUUUUAUCCAGAAACAACAGAUGUAUAUGAUAAGAAAAACAUGCCUCGAGUCAUCUACUGUAUUCAUGCUUUCAGCUUGUAUCUAUUUAGGUUGGGUUUGGCCCCUCAGAUUCAUGACCUUUGUGGCAAAGUGAAAUUUACAGAGGAAGAAAUAAAUAACAUGAAGAGAGAACUUGACAAAUAUGGGAUUCAGAUGCCAGCUUUUAGUAAAAUUGGAGGAAUCCUUGCCAAUGAACUUUCUGUUGAUGAAGCAGCAAUGCAUGCAGCUGUGAUUGCUAUCAAUAAGGCUGUAGAAAAGGGGUCUGCAGAAGAAACAGGAAUUGCACUACGCAACCCUAGUGCCAUGCUCCUCAAUCUUGAUGACUGUUUGGUAACUGUUUAUCUAGAGGUUCUCCAACAAGCCAGAGCUGAAAAGGCUGUCGGUGCAAGGAACAGGAUUAACAUACAAUUUUGUGAAGAAAAAGAUAUUUAUGAGGAAUACUUAACGCAGGUGGAAAUCCAAGGAAACAUAAACAAAAUAAAUGUUCAUGCUGCUUUGGAAAUGGUGGAUGAAUCUUUGGAGAGGAGAGAUCCAAUGGUUUUGUAUUCUGCACUUGAAAACUCUAGUCUGUGCCUUAGAGGCCUUCUCAGGGAGAAUGCAGACUGGUACCUAGAGCAACUAUCCGUGGACCGGCAGCAAAAGGCAUUGGAUUUGGGAUGUGCUGAUGUGUUAGAUAAAGAAGAGCUGCAACAAGGUGUCUUCAUGGCCAAUCAGAAUGCAGUACGGACUCUAACGACUGAAAGGGCAGUAUUUCAUAUAAAUGCAGCAAUUAAGAAAGGAAUUGCCAAGGAAACUCUGAAGGAAUUGAUGAAUACUGAUGCAGAACUUCCCGAUGUGUAUCAUUUUGCUAGUGAACUUUAUCAACAGGAGCUUGCUAUUUUACAGGCACAGAAAAUACAGGGAGCACUGUUGCACGAAGAGCUUUUUGUUGCUGUUGAAAUGUUAUCUGCCGUGGCCUUGAUCAACAAAGCUUUAGAAGCAGGAGAUGCUAAUGAAUUCUGGGAAGCUUUGAUUAGUCCUUCAGCAGGUCUUGCAGAUAUUGAUGAAGAAAUGGCACAACGAUACUAUGAAGAACUGCGCACAUUAAAAGAAAAUGCUGUUAAAGCAAAAGCUGGAAUGCUUACCUGGAAUGACCUUCAGUCUGGAUUAAACGAUGUCAAUUCAUUAGUGCAGCAUGAACAUGACUGUGUUGUCUCAAUUGAAUUGAUCAAUCAGGCUCUUCAACUCGGCAAUCCACAAGGCACCUUGGCUGCUCUUUUGUUGCCAUCUGUCGGACUAAGUGACAUAUUAGAAGCCAAUGGGAGGUGCUACUAUGAUGUACUGUUACGUGCCAAACAAAAAAAAGCAAAGGAUUCCAAUGACCCAGCAGCAGAACUGUGGCUUGAUGAGAUACAACAAGGAGUAUGGAAAGCAAAUCAGGAGAGCAAGAAUACCUUAAAAUUGUCAUUGGGUCUUGCGGCUUUAAAUCAGGCAGUGAAAGAAGGCAGACCUUUACAGACCCUGAAAGUGCUUAGUCUCCCAGAGCUGGGGUUAUGCAGUAUUGUUCCUCAAUGUGCUGCUGCUUACCAGAGAGAACUGUAUACCCUUAAAAUGGCAAAAAUGUGUGAAGGAGAAAAUCAUAGUCCUUGGGUCAGACACAAGGUGAGGUGUGGAGGCUAUUACUAUUUUCACUUGCAAAGGCUUGAAGGUACUUGGGACCGACCUGAGGACUUUGCUGAAAACACAACACAUUUGGAUCGGGAUGAAGUCCAGUAUAUUAUUACACGAGUUACUGCAUCAUAUGAUAAAGAAUGUCUGUGGAAGGCCAGUAUCCCUUUUAUCGUGAGAUUGCAGGCUCAAGCAAGAGGUUAUCUUCUGCGUAGGCAACUUCAAUCACGGAAGUGCUUUCUUCAAAGACAUGUUACUGCCAUCAUCACAAUUCAGUCUCACUGGAGGAGGUUUCGCCAGCAGAAAGCUUAUCAAGAAAGACUUUGUUUCCUACAAGCAAAUUCUGCAUCAGCUAUCAAGAUUCAAGCAUGGGUACGAAUGUGGCUGGCCCAAUUAAAAUAUCAGGCAAGACUGCAUCAUUUCAAGAAUAAUGUUGAUUCGAUAAUUAAGAUCCAAGCCUUUUUUCGAGCAAACAAAGCACGUGAAGACUACAGAAUGUUGGUUUACUCCCAGAAUCCACCACUCUCUGUUGUGCGUAAAUUUACUCAUUUACUGGAGCAGAACAAUGUGGAUAUUAUUCAGGAGAAAGAACUGUUGCGACUCCGUGAGGAGGUCGUUAGGACCAUACGUUCCAACCAACAGUUGGAAAAUGAUCUUAAUCUCAUGGAUCUGAAAAUUGGACUUCUUGUACGAAACCGCAUUACUCUGCAGGAGGUGGUUUUACAUAGCAAGAAACUGACCAGGAAAAAUAAGGAGCAACUAUCAGAUAUGAUGGCACUGGAUAAACAAAAAGGAUUAAAAUCAUUGAACAAAGAGAAACGUGAGAAAUUGGAGGCCUAUCAGCAUCUGUUUUAUCUACUACAGACACAACCGAUUUAUCUUGCAAAGCUGAUCUUCCAAAUGCCUCAUAACAGGACUACAAAGUUCAUGGAAUCUGUGAUCUUCAUGUUGUACAACUAUGCUUCAGAUUGUCGAGAAGCAUACUUGUUAUUGCAGCUUUUCACUACAGCCCUACGGGAAGAGAUAAAAUCAAGAGUGGAUCAGGUCCAUGAAAUUGUCAAGGGAAAUCCUACUGUAAUUCGUCUGUUAGUCAGUUUUUAUCGGAAUACUCGUGGUCAAAAUGCAUUGCGCCAGAUUCUUGGUCCUACAAUCAAAGAAGUUCUUCAAGACAAAUCUAUAAAUAUUAAGACUGAUCCUGUCGAUAUUUAUAAAACUUGGAUCAACCAAACUGAAUCGCAGACAGGCCAGAAAAGCUCUCUCCCUUAUGAUGUAACACCAGAACAAGCUCUUCUUCACCCAGAAGUUCAGCGCAGACUUAAUGUUUCUGUAUGCAACCUGAAAUCUAUGACGGACAAGUUUCUUACUGCCAUCACCUCAAAUCUUGACCAGCUCCCGUACGGAAUGCGCUUCACUUCCAAGGUGCUGAAAAAUUCUCUCUGUGCGAAAUUUCCAGAUACUUCCAUUGCGGAUAUAUAUAAGAUUGUGGGAAAUUUGCUUUAUUACCGGUAUAUGAAUCCAGCUGUGGUAGCACCAGAUGGUUUUGACAUUGUGGAUUACUCUGCUGGUGCUGUUUUACAUCCGGAUCACAGACGUACACUUGGAUCCAUUGCACGGGUGCUACAGCAUGCUGCUGCUAAUAAGCUAUUCGAGGGGGAUAGUGCCCAUCUACAGGCUCUCAAUGAUUAUAUCUCGCAGACUCAUCUGCGUUUCAGGAAAUUUUUUAAGGCAGCAUGCGAAGUUCCUGAUCCUGAAGAAAGAUUCAAUGUGAACGAAUAUUCAGAAAUGGUGGCUCUCAACAAACCAGUCAUCUACAUAACUCUUGAAGAACUUAUCAGCACUCAUCGGCUAUUAUUAGAGCACCAGGACUUGAUUGCUCCAGAUAAUGAUGACCCCCUUCACGAGCUCUUAGAUGACUUGGGAGAGGUCCCCACUGUGCAGUCACUUAUUGGAGAGAGUAUGGUUCAACCCACUGAUCCAAAUGCUGAACAGUUACUGGCCAACUACGGCAAGAUAGAAGUAUCCCUAACAUUGGCAAAUAAGUUUGAUAUUUUCAAAAGCAGUGAAGAUCAGCCAGAUAUAAAGGGACUUCUUCUGAGUACCAAACAGUUAAUCAUUGAUGUAAUCAAGGCUCAGCAAGGUGACUCCCUGCCUUUAAUACUAAGGACAGCUGCAUCUGUUGAGCAGGAGGCUGAACACUUUCGAAUAAUGCAGAUAAGAGCUUUACAAGAUGCCAGAAGUCCUGAGAAGUUGAAACGCAAUCAGUCCAUCAUAGCUGAUAGCAACUUAUCCAUGGAAGAGAAAAAAAGAAAGAUCCUCCGUAAUGUCCGCAAACUGGAAGCAUUGGGUGUAUUAGAUUCACACACAAAAUACACACAAUUGCUCAAUGACAUUUCAAAGGAUAUUCGAAACCAACGGAGAUAUAGACAGCGUAGACAAGCUGAACUGGUGAAGCUGAGACAGACUUUGCAGAGUUUGCAUGCAAAAAGUGCAUUUUAUGGAGAGCAGAUUGAUUACUACAAUCAAUACAUUAAGACAUGCCUAGAUAACUUGACCAGCAAAGAAAAAGUCAAUAACAAAGCAGCAAAUGGCAAAGGAAAGAAAGAGAAACGGCCAAUAUUAAGUUACACUGCUGCUCGGCUCCAUGAGAAAGGGGUGCUUCUGGAGGUUGAGGACCUGCCAGUUAGUCAGUUUCGGAAUGUCAUAUUUGAUAUUGUUCGUUGUGAGGAAGAAGUGGGAACUUUCCAAGUUAAAGCACGUUUCAUGGGUGUAGAUAUGGAGAAGUUUCCAUUACGGUAUCAGGAUCUGCUACAGUUACAAUAUGAGGGUGUGGCAGUAAUGAAAAUGCUCAAGGCAAAAGUCAACGUUAACCUUCUCAUUUUUCUGUUAAAUAAGAAGUUUUUCAAAAAGUGACAUGCUAAAAUGGCUCUUAGAAUUUUACAUUCAACAAGUCACGCCACAGUUAAGUGUUUUAUGCAACAGAGAAUGAAAAGAUUGCUGGUGAGGCUGUUUUUACAAUUUAGGCUUUAAUAAUGUGAUUUUAAAUUACACUAUACUGAAAAUGACACAUGUGCUUCUUUGGAUGGUUUAUUAAAUCUAUCCAGUCUUUAAAGUAUGGUUUUUU